AUGGAUAACUCGAAUGUUCACGGUGAUGAAGUCAAUCAAGUGAAUGAAGAGAAGCAUCCACCGCGAGUGUGUCCAAGGUGUAACUCCGACAACACCAAGUUUUGCUACUACAACAACUAUAGCCUGUCUCAACCUCGCUAUUUCUGCAAGAAUUGUCGUCGAUACUGGACUCAUGGUGGGGCUUUAAGAAACAUACCGAUUGGUGGAAGUUGCCGUAAAGCCAAGCGUCAAAAGAUGGAUCAUCCUUCUGUUUCUCAGUUGGUUUCUGUUGAGACCGAACAAGUCAAUCAUCACCAGCCUCUCUUUUCUGGUGGUUCUUCUUCUGCUUCUCCUGUUGUUGCUGUUGGGAACCAUUUUGGUUCUUUGCAUGAAAUUCAUGGUGAUAUGGUGCUUCCAGUUCGAAGUUUUGGCCAAGUGGAUCGCUUGGAUUUCUCUAACGGAUCGUUUCAACAAGAUUAUUACGAUGUUGGAUCUAAUGAUCUGAUUGGUAAUCCUUUGGUAAACCAAACUAUUGGUAGACAUUUUGAUAAUUACAAUGGUUAUAGCAUUAAUCAAGAGGAUCAAAACAAGCGGAACCAAAGCUUCAACAACAUUAUGAGCAUCACUCAUAUAGCGGGCAAUGGAAGCAGAGGAUUUUCAAGCACUCCUCAUAUGAAUAAGAACAACAACAAUAUCAUAAACAACUGUCUGUUUAUGUCUUCUUACCAUUUGGAGAAGCAUGGUCUUUGA